CCUCCUCCUCAUAUCCAAUCAACAACCAUUAAUCAUCACAACUGUAAAAGCCAUCGAUGGGAAUGGAAACGAAGGCGUUGGCAUUUUUACUGGCGGCGACACUGGCGGCGCCGCUUCUUUGCGCCGCUCAGAACUGUGGAUCACAAGUGGGCGGAGCAGUGUGCAGCGAUGGCGAAUGCUGUAGCAAAUGGGGGUGGUGCGGAACCACCGAUGACCACUGUUUACCAGAUCGAGGCUGCCAAAGCAACUGCCACGGUGGCGGCGGCGGCGGUGGUGGAGGAGGCGAACAAGCCUUCAACGUUCGAUCGACAUAUCACGAGUACUACCCGGAGAGGAAUAACUGGAACUUGUACGCUGUGAGUGCGUAUUGCUCGACGUGGGAUGGAGAGAAGCCGCUGUGGUGGAGGCAGAAGUACGGGUGGACGGCCUUUUGUGGGCCGGUGGGACCGAGCGGCCAGGCUUCGUGUGGAAAGUGUUUGAGGGUCACUAACCGCGAGACGGGGUCACAGGCGACCGUGAGGAUUGUGGAUCAGUGCAGUAAUGGCGGUCUGGAUUUGGAUAUCAAUGUGUUUAUGCAGCUGGACACCAAUGGCCAAGGAAACGCUCGAGGGCACCUCAUGGUCGAUUAUCAGUUUGUCGACUGUGGCGAUGGAGAGAAUUCUAACGGCGCUGAUCAGUUCAUGUGACGUCCAUGAAGGAUGUAUCUACGUAAAUAAAGUGAAAUGUUUGGUGCGUUGGAUCGACCGGGUUUCUGGAACUCGACCAUCGUCGUGUUCCCGAGUUGAGGCGAAUAAAAGUGCUUUGCUUUUGUUUUUCGUGUUCCCGAGUUGAAGACAAUAUAAGUGCUGUGCUUUUGUUUAAGUUACUUGUCAAGUGGUUCAAAGUAUUGGAUCGUAACGAGUUGCUGUUUUAAGAUUUGAUUGUGUGUAAAUGUGACUUAAUCUUAUUAAAUUUGAGUGGUGUAAAAGUUUUGGAAAGUAUUAAAUAA